CCGAAAUGUAAUUCUCACAACGUACUACAAAAUAUUCACCGUACAUGUCAUUCUUUGCCGGUGCCACAAAUACAAUUUUGAAAGAAACUGCAAAGAGACAAAGCAACCGUGACAAUGGACGUUCAAGUCAUAUCCCUGUUCCUGAAGGUCUUAUUGUUGGUUGGUUCUGUUCUUGGAUUAGACAAGCAAAUGUCAUGUGCAGUUUGCAGAGCAAUGGUAGAUGAAGUAUCGUACACUAUCAGCAAGGUGGAUCCAAAACAAACCAUCCAGGUCGGCAGCUUCAGAGUAGACUCCAGAGGAAAUCAAGAUACUUACAAGAAACCCUAUGCUCGCUCGGAGGCACAUCUUCUGGAGAUAUUUGAAAGUCUGUGUGAGAGGUUUAAGGACUACGCAGAAACUACUAAUGAUAUCGAUGAAAGAAGUGUUUGUCGAACAAAAGCUAGAGAGGGUAAAACACUUGCUUUGAAAGACAUCAAAAUCAACCCAGAAGUUCAAGCAUCCCUGCGCGGAAAGUGUGAUGCCCUGCUGGAGGAGCUUGAAGAUGACAUGAUAGCUCUGUUUGGCAAAGCGAACAUUCCAGAUUAUGAGAAAUCAGUGUGCGUAGAAUUAGCAGGGGAGUGUACUUUGGAGGCUUUAGCAGUACCGAUGCCAAGGUCAGAGUUCUCAGGGAUGGAUGAUAUCAUGGCGGAUGUUGAGUCCACCCACGGGGACGGGCAGAAAAUGCCUGAGAGGGAUGGGGAGGAGAAAGAAGACGAUGAACUACUGGAUGAAUACUUGCAGGAGGCGAAAAAGUCAGGAGAUGAGAUAUUGGCCAAGAUGCGUGAUGAGGAGGGGAAAGAUGAAUUAUGAUGACCCCACACUCUUGCAAACCAUGUAUCUAGAACCCCACACUCUAGAUCUCGGAGCCCACACUCUACCAUACCAUAACAGGCUCUAGGACCCCACACUUAAGCAUACCAUGUAUCUAGGAGUUGAUAUUAGAUGUCAUACACUACAAUCAUUCUGAAUCAUUAUACUCUGUCAUAUCUAUCUACAUUAUUCUGGGAUCAGAAAUUGUGAUAUUUGUAUUGUUUCUCACGUAGUUCCAUAAUCAUUAAUUAUGAUGUACAAUUUUCAGUGUUGCUAUUUUAAUAUUUGUAAAUAGUAUGUUGGGUACAUUGAUGCAUAAUCAAAUAUAUGGAUGUAUUUGCUUAACAACUAAAACUUUAAUCGAUUACUUCUACUGUGAAUCUAUGUCGAAUCUAUGUUGGCUACUUGUGAAUCUAUGUCGGCUACUUCUGUGUGAAUCUAUGUCGGCUACUUCUGUGCCUGGUUAUGAAAUUGAAUUAUAUUUUUAGAAAAACAUGUAGUGGUAAAACUCAAUGUUCAAAUUGAAAAAAAAUGCACAAUUUAUAUGGAUUUUGUAUAAAUAUUUAAAGUACUUUUUGACAGUGGCUAGUGGCUACACAUUUAUUGUAUUGGUUAUUAAUACCUCCUUUCAACAUUGUUAAUGUGUGUCAUACAAUUUUGAAUCAAUCUUCUUUUGCUUAUUACUAAGAAAGAUCUGUGCUGACUGUAGGAGAUUCAUUUGUGAUGUAGAUAUGUUAUCAACGUUUUGUUGUUGUAACAAGACUCUUCUGAUGAACUGUCUUGGGUGUUUUGUUUUCUUUUGUAUGUUACUACUGUUGGGAGUUUGAUUGCAUCUUGGAUGUUUUGGUGUUAUCUUAUUUAUGAUCCUGGGGCGGUAUUCAUCAGUAAGUCGUUUCAUAACUUAAGUCAUUUUCUUAAGAUAAGUAUCACUCUUAUCAUAUUAUAUAAUUGCUUCGUUAUAUCUGAAAUAUUUCAUUAUCAUUGAUCUGAUUCAAAUACAUACUUUCAUGUUAAAAACACUUUAAAAAUACUUUUCUUCUAAUUUGACUAUGUAAAAUUUAGGAAAUUGACUAAAGUUAAGAAAUGACUUAAGAUGUUUUAUGAAUACCACCCAGGAGUGUUACUUAUUGGUAUAUUACUGUAUGAUACUGGCCCAGGAGUGUUACUAAUUGGUAUAUUACUGUUUGAUACUGGCCCAGGAGUGUUACUCAUUGGUAUAUUACUGUUUGAUACUGGCCCAGGAGUGUUACUCAUUGGUAUAUUACUGUUUGAUACUGGCCCAGGAGUGUUACUCAUUGGUAUAUUACUGUUUGAUACUGGCCCAGGAGUGUUACUCAUUGGUAUAUUACUGUUUGAUACUGGCCCAGGAGUGUUACUAAUUGGUAUAUUACUGUUUGAUACUGGCCCAGGAGUGUUACUCAUUGGUAUAUUACUGUUUGAUACUGGCCCAGGAGUGUUACUAAUUGGUAUAUUACUGUUUGAUACUGGCCCAGGAGUGUUACUAAUUGGUAUAUUACUGUUUGAUACUGGCCCAGGAGUGUUACUAAUUGGUAUAUUACUGUAUGAUACUGGCCCAGGAGUGUUACUAAUUGGUAUAUUACUGUAUGAUACUGGCCCAGGAGUGUAACUAAUUGGUAUAUUACUGUUUGAUACUGGCCCAGGAGUGUUACUAAUUGGUAUAUUACUGUAUGAUACUGGCCCAGGAGUGUUACUUAUUGGUAUAUUACUGUAUGAUACUGGCCCAGGAGUGUUACUUAUUGGUAUAUUACUGUAUGAUACUGGCCCAGGAGUGUUACUUAUUGGUAUAUUACUGUAUGAUACUGGCCCAGGAGUGUUACUUAUUGGUAUAUUACUGUAUGAUACUGGCCCAGGAGUGUUACUAAUUGGUAUAUUACUGUUUGAUACUUCUUGUUGUAUAUCUGGGUUUAUUGAACUUUUUGUAAACUUUCUUCACUCUUUAUAUUUCAGUUAGUAGUUGGUUAAAGUGGCAGUAAUAUGUAGUGUGAGUUUAGGUAGAUUGUACUUGAGGGGAUAAUUGACAUUUUAUGUUUCUAUAUUUUUUUUAAAGUAAUUGGGCAUUGCAUCAUCAGCUUUACAAAAUAUAACUGGUCUGUCAUUCAGUUGCCAUUCUGUCGUCUACAAGUGUAUAUUGAGGAUUUAAACAUUUAUGCAAUAAAGUCUACUUUUAUAUGA